GUUAAACGUUGGACAAAGAAGGCGGAGAUCUUUAAUAAGAAGUUCAUUGUCAUCCCCGUCAAUGAGUCGUAUCACUGGUACCUCGCUGUCAUCUACAACCCUCGGGCAACUCUCGACCGAGCUCGUGCGGCCCGAUUUCGACAUUAUAGGCAGUUGCAAGCGAGUUUGUUGGACUUGGGAGUGCUGACAAUCAGGACGUGGAUUAUCACGUUUGACUCCAUGGGCAGCCGACACCCAUCCGUAGCAACAAACCUUCAGAGGUGGCUGCAAUGUGAGGCCAAAGACAAGCUCGGAGAAGAUGCCGACUUCGCUUCCGUCCCGUACCUGGAGGGCAAGUGUCUGGAGCAGCCCAACUUCUACGAUUGCGGACUGUAUCUCAUUCAUUUCGCGAAGCAGCUCUUGCGGAACAGCGAGGAAGUUUUGCGAUUCAUC